AUGGUGCAAGAUUCUGAAGUUUCAUUGAAUAGUGGAAAUGCUGGAAAUAGAAAUUCAGGAACUGAAAAUGGAGGUAUUGAUCCUUUAUUCAUAUCUUCAUCAGAUAAUCCUAAUUCUUCACUUGUUGUUACUAUAUUUUCUGGUAAUAACUUCAUGCGUUGGAGUAGAAAUGAUAAAGAUUUCCAGAAAUGGAAACGUGCUGAUUACAUGGUUAUGAGUUGGAUUUUGAAUUCUAUGAGUCCUGAAUUGGCUGAUGAAUUUGGAUUCAUAGAGAAUUCAACGGAUUUAUGGAGUGAAUUACAAGAACGUUUUGGUCAAUCUAAUGGACCUCUUGUAUAUCAAUUGAAGAAAGAAAUCAGUGAUUUAAAACAAGAGAAUCUCUCAAUAGUGGCUUAUUAUGGCAAAGUUAAGAAACUUUGGGAUGAAUUACAGAGUUUGAAAAUGUUUCCUAUAUGUUCUUGUGGUGCAUUAAACUCAUGUUCUUGUAAUUUUUUAAAGAAAUUACAAGAUUUGGAGGCUGAAGAUAAAUUGAUGCAGUUUUUGCUUGGAUUAAACAGUGGUUUUAAUUCUACUAUUUCUAAUCUUCUGUCAAUGGAUCCUAUGCCUACAAUAAAUCGUGCUUUCUCAAUAGUCCAACAAAUUGAGAAACAACAAGAAGUUAGUGCUGGUGUUGUGGAAAUUGGUGCAGAAAGUAGUGCCAUGGCUGCACAGAGGAAUUAUAAGGCUGCUCAGUCACAGAAAAUUUUCUUUAAUCCUAUGAAGAGAGAUUGGAGAAAAGAUAAAAUGGACAAAUUUUGUGAUCACUGUAAAAAUAAGGGUCAUUCUAUUGAUCAGUGUUUUAAAUUGAUUGGUUAUCCUGAGUGGUAUAACACAAUCAAGGCUGGUAAGAAGGGAGGGCAGAAUGUUCACAAAAUUGUGGCAAAUGUGCAUACUGCUAAUCAGGAUACUCCACUGGAUACUCAUGAUAAUCAGCAUGAAACUCAUAAUACAUAUACUGGAAUUGAUUCAGAUAUGUUAGCUGUUAUAUGUCAACAAGUUAUGAAGAAUAUGAAGGGCAAACAGAUGACAUCUGAUGAAGGAGCAUCAUCUAGCUUUGCUAGUUUUGCAGGUAAUAACUCUAUUACUUGUUCUGUCUUUAAAUCUCAAGAGCAUGUCAACUGGAUAAUUGACUCAGGUGCGUGUGAUCAUAUGGUAUAUGAUAUUAAUAUGCUAGUUUGA